AUGUCGGCUGUAUACAUAAAGGAUCAUAGUUUAAAUUCAAAUGAAAUUGAAAGAUACAGCAGACAACUCAUUACCCCAGAUAUUGGUGUACAGGGUCAAAUGAAGCUAUGUGCAUCAAGAGUUUUAGUUGUAGGAGCAGGAGGAUUGGGAUGUCCAGUAGCAUUGUAUUUAGCAACAGCUGGUGUUAGUGUAUUAGGUAUUGUUGAUUACGAUACAGUUGAAAUUUCAAAUCUCCACAGACAAAUUGGACAUCAAGAAUCAAGUACAGGUGUACCAAAAGCAGUAUCAUUGGCAAAUACAAUCAAGUCAAUUAAUAGUUUGGUUACAGUUAAUACAUAUGAAACUACAUUUACAUCAGAAACAGCAAUGGAUAUCAUUAAAAACUACGAUAUUGUAGUAGAUGCAUCAGAUAACGUUGCCACACGUUAUUUAAUUAAUGAUGCAUGUGUAUUAUCAAAAAAACCAUUGGUUAGUGGUAGUGCUCUUAAAUGGGAGGGUCAAGUAACAGUCUACAAUUAUGAAAAUGGUCCAUGUUAUCGUUGUAUUUUCCCAACACCACCACCAGUCGAUACAGUUACCAAGUGCUCUGAUGGGGGCGUUUUAGGACCAAUAGUUGGUGUUAUAGGCAGUUUACAAGCAUUAGAGACCAUUAAAAUUAUUACAAAUAACAAAGAAGGUGUUUUAAGUGGGCGUUUAUUAAUAUAUGACGGUAUGUCUGCUGUGUUUAGAACUGUUAGAAUUAGGGGCCGUCAACCACAUUGUUCAGUUUGUGGUGAUAAUCCAACAGUAACCCAAUUAAUCGACUAUACUGAAUUCUGUCGUAGUAAUUAUUCAGAGGCUGCUGGUAAAGUCGAUGAUAGAGUCGAACAUCAUAAUAUUAUUACUGUACAACAAUACAACGAAGUUAUUAAAUCAAACAAAAACCAUUUAUUAAUCGAUGUUAGACCCUCAAAUCAAUUUGAAAUUUGCUCAUUACCAAACUCUGAAAACAUUCCAAUUGAAGUUAUAGAUAAACAGGAAUCAAUAGAUAAAAUAGAAAAACUCAUCAAUGAUAAAAUAAACAGCAACGAAGAUAGCGAACUCAGUGUUUAUUUACUAUGUAGAAGAGGUAACAAAUCUCAGGACGCAAUCAAAAUUUUAGACGAAAAAUUAAAAAUUUCGAGAGAUAAAGUAAAAAUUCAACAUAUCAAAGAUGGAUUAUUAGGAUGGAAUGAAUCAAUAGAUAGCUCAUUCCCAUAUUAUUAA